AUGGAUCCAAAGAAAUAACCUCAGCCAAAUUAACCUAGUUAACCCAACUAAUCAAACUAACCCAACUAAUAGGGAUAAUCAGAAAAAAAGGAUGUUUCGACAGCUAUUUUGGACAGAAAGAAGGCACCCAACAGAUUGAUAGCAGAGGAAGCCCUCUAAGAUGACAACACAGUGAUUCAAUUGUCUUAAGCCAAAAUGAAACGAGGUGCACCUGUGUUAUUAAAAGGAAAGAAGAGAAAGGAAACAGUGGCAGUGCCAAUUCCAGAUAAGUUGGAUAAUGAAAAGAUUAGACUGAAUAAAGUCAUCAGAAAAAAUUUACGCAUUAAAUUAGGAGAUGUUGUGACCAUCAAACCAUUAGAUCAAGUUCCAACUUUAACUAAAGUACACGUGCUUCCCUUUGACGAUUCAAUCGAAGGAAUUAAGGGAGAUUUAGCAUAAACAUACUUGAUUCCUUAUUUCAAAGAUGCUUACAGACCUGUGAAGAAAGGAGAUUACUUUAUUUGCAGAGGAGGAUUCAAGGCAGUCGAAUUCAAGAUUAUUGCAACUGAACCAGGAGAAAUUGGUAUCGUUGGUCCAACAACUACAUUAUUUACUGAAGGUGAACCUGUAAAAAGAGAAGACGAAGAGAAAUUAGAUGAAGUAGGUUAUGAUGAUGUUGGUGGUUGUCGUAAAUAGAUGGCUCAAAUCAGAGAAAUGAUUGAAUUGCCAUUGAGACAUCCCUAAUUAUUCAAAACACUAGGAGUCAAACCACCAAGAGGAGUUCUAUUAUAUGGACCUCCAGGAUCUGGAAAAACAUUGAUUGCUAGAGCUGUUGCUAAUGAGACAGGAGCAUUCUUCUUUUUGAUUAAUGGACCUGAAAUUAUGAGUAAGAUGGCAGGAGAAGCAGAAGGAAAUCUCAGAAAGGCAUUUGAAGAAGCAGAAAAGAACAGUCCUGCUAUUAUCUUCAUUGAUGAAAUCGAUUCUAUUGCACCAAAAAGAGAGAAAGUUAGUGGUGAAGUCGAAAGAAGAGUUGUCUCUUAAUUAUUGACAUUGAUGGACGGUUUGAAGGGAAGAGGUCAAGUCAUUGUUAUUGGUGCUACCAAUAGACCCAAUUCAAUUGAUCCAGCAUUGAGAAGAUUUGGUAGAUUCGAUAGAGAAAUCGAUAUUGGAGUACCUGAUGAAGUAGGUAGAAUGGAAAUCUUAAGAAUCCAUACCAAAAAUAUGAAAUUGGCUGAAGAUGUCGAUCUUGCUGCCAUUGCCAAGGAUACUCAUGGUUUUGUAGGAGCAGAUAUGGCUGCUCUUUGUACAGAAAGUGCAUUGUAAUGUAUCAGAGAGAAGAUGGAUGUCAUCGAUUUGGAAGAUGAAAAGUUAGAUGCUGCUGUAUUAGAAGCCAUGGCUGUUACAUAAGAACACUUCAAAUUUGCUAUGGGAUAAGUUAAUCCCUCAUCUUUGAGAGAAACUGUAGUUGAAGUACCAAAUGUUAAAUGGGAAGACAUUGGUGGUUUAGAAGAAGUCAAGAAAUAAUUAUAAGAAAUGAUCUUAUUCCCAAUUGAACAUCCUGAAAAAUUCCAUAAAUUCGGUAUGUAACCAUCCAAAGGUGUUCUCUUCUAUGGACCACCAGGAUGUGGUAAAACAUUGUUGGCUAAAGCUGUUGCUAGUGAAUGCUCAGCCAAUUUCAUUUCUAUUAAAGGACCUGAACUAUUGACUAUGUGGUUUGGUGAAUCAGAAUCCAAUGUCAGAGAGGUCUUUGAUAAAGCCAGAUAAGCAUCUCCUUGUGUCUUAUUCUUUGAUGAAUUAGAUUCAAUUGCUGUCUAAAGAGGUAGCAGUGCUGGUGAUGCUGGUGGUGCUGGUGACAGAGUUAUCAAUCAAUUGUUGACUGAAAUGGAUGGUGUCAGUGCUAAAAAGAGUGUCUUCUUUAUUGGAGCUACCAACAGACCUGAAAUCUUGGAUGAAGCCAUUAUCAGACCUGGUAGAUUAGAUUAAUUGAUCUACAUUCCUUUACCUGAUGAACCAUCCAGACUUAACGUAUUUUAAGCCAAUCUUAGAAAAACCCCUGUUGCUAACAAUGUAGAUCUUGCUUAUCUUGCUAAAAUUACUGAUGGAUUCUCAGGUGCCGAUAUCACUGAAAUCUGCUAAAGAGCUGCCAAGGCUGCUGUCAGAGAUGCUAUUGAAGCAGAAGCUAGACAAAAAUAAGCUCUUCAAAUGGCUCCCAAUAAGGCAUCUUAACUCAUCAAGGCUGAUCCAGUCCCAGAUCUGAAUCGUAAACACUUUGAAGAAGCUCUUAGACAUGCUAGAAAGUCAGUCACAAAUAUUGACUUACAAAAAUUUGAAGACUUCAGAAAGAAAUUUGAUCCUUCAUUCAACAAAGGAAGCAAUUAAGGAGGAUUUUCUUUCAAAUGGCCUGAAGCUGGUGGCUAAUAAUUUGGAAGGAGUCAACAAAGUAAAAUCUAGGAAGAGGAUGAUCUUUAUGGAAAUUGAUUAGUAUAUAUAUAUAAGAAAAGUUAUCAUAUAAUUAGAUAUC